UUUAACAGUUUAAACAGGUAUAUGUUCAGCUGGAAUCAUACUGUAAGAUGGAUCUUUAUUAAGUGUUAGUUGGAAAAAAAAUAUUUCACAAUGCAAUGAUCUAAUAAAAGUGACAACCUGGCAUUAUUUACAUUUACAUAGCUGAGAAUGUCCUAGGAACUAAAUGGAUUAGUCCUGGUAUAAACACUACACAGGUGCAUAAGCAUUAUCAGAAGUAUAUAUAAUCAAUUGUACACUGGAUUGCUAUAAAAGAUUCUGAGAUCAUGGUUAUUAAGUUUAAAGAGGUGAGUUACAUGAGUGCAGAUGUGACAGGGAAGAAUACUAAAGCAAUGAAGGCUUGGAUUUUAGGAGAUUUAAGCUUUGGUUGUAUUUGAGGACAUACAGCUCUCUCUCUCUCUCUCUCUCUGUUCAUGUACCGUGUGAUAAUUCAGACGUAUUGUUGCUUUUGAGCUAAGGGGAAUUACCAAAAGAGCUGUGUGCAACAUCAUUUUCAAUAUCUUUUUUCUUGUACUACUUGUGUUGUUGUGCUUUUCCCUGCCCCCUUAUCAUCUAAUUAUAAGCAUUAGUCUAAUCAUCUAAUGAAGUCUUGGUACACCAUCCUGAACCUGAGAUACAGAUCAUUUUGUACAUCUGGGAUUGAGCUAUUUGUAAGGACUUUUAUUUCCAGCCUUUUGUUCAAAAAUGUACAAUGAAAAUGAGAGUCACAUGGCAUAGCAAUAGCCAUGACUGGCUGAACACAGCUUAAAUGUAACCUUAAUUUCUAACAGAGCAGAUUUGUAUUGGACAAUCUCCAUGGUGAAUCCAAGCCAGUGCAAAAUCAUCACUGACUGAUAUACAGCUACAAAACAGGAACUGGAAGCAAGGAACCACGUGGAUAAAAAGACAAAAUGCCAAGCAAAGCUCAAGAGGAUGCUGUGAUCAACAUGAAGUCUAUACAGGACAUCUCAAAACAGCUUGGCUUUGAGUGGCCAGUUCUUGCAUAUGAGCUGGGCUUCACAAGAACUGAAGUCAGGCAGUUUCACGCCACAUCGAAGGAGAAGAGGGAUCAGGCCAAGUGCAUGUUGGAGUCCUGGUACGAGAGGUGUUGGGAUAAGCCUAAUAAGACUAAAAUGCUGCAGGAUGGACUAGAGCGUGCUGGACGUAGAGACCUGGCUGAGAGACUGCGCUGUCUUCACUGGGGCCAUCAGAAACUCAGCCGGAGGGUUGAACUGCCUAAAGCCUUCCCCUUUCUCAUAACUGUUCACAAGACAAUAGAUAACAAGGAGGGUCUGAGGAGAAUUAAUGAGCUUAAUCGCAGUUACAACUAAUAUCAUUGCUGUUAAAGAAUAAUACACAAUUCAGCUCUUGGAUGUUCUGGAGAUUUUUUUUUUAAGGAUUGAAGGUUGUUAAUUAUAUUAUUGCAGUUUUAACUUUGCAUAGUUUUAGCUUUUGUAUUGUGUACUAAAUAUAUUUAAAACAGUAAUCUUGCAUGAAUUCCAGGAUUUUAAUAGAUUAUUUUAAACUCACUGGUAACUAAACAAGUAAAUACACAAACCAGGCCACGUGAUAAUAAUUAGGCUACAGCUAUUUGUACAGCUAUUUCCUAUCCAAUAACAUACGGUAAAAAGACCAACACGUUGGUCGACUAAAUUAUUAAUGCAAUAUCUAUUUCUUACUAUUGUUUCUAUUGAUUGAUUAAAAUGCCCGAAUAACGAUUGGUCGAGUCAACCAAACCCGAUGACACAGUGCUUACUGUGUGUAGCCAAUCAGCAUCGUGUGCUUCCAUGUUGGAUGUGUUGCCAUGACCCUGAAAUUCCCUCAUAGUAGGGGGAAUAAUACAAAUGCUCAUGGGUUGCUUUUAUUAUUAUUAUUAUUCCAUUGUGAAGAUUGGGCGUUUUGAAUAAACUACGACAUUUAUUUAUACCCGAAUCGUAUAUCAGGCUCACACAAA